CUCCCUGAAACCUCCCUAGGGAGUCUCGACAAUCCCAGGGCUCUCGAGUUCUUCCACAUCGAGUCACUGACACAUCCCAACUACCCAAUCCACAUCGAGGCAAGGACUCCUGAGAUUAGGGAUUCUUGGCUCGCUGGGAUUGAAGAGUACGUCGUCGACACAGCAUCGGUCGAAGACCUACUCUUUGACGACGAACUGCGCGUCGUGUCGCAGGACAUCGACGAAGAGGACGCAGGUGUCGUAUCUCCCGUCCCUGAAGUCCAGGAGUUCGAGGAUCUACCCGAAGACGAAGAACUCUUCGAGCAACUCACCAAAGAGUCUCAGAAGGUCUUGGAAAGGGAACCAUCUCCUCCAGCGAAGAGGCAAAAACCGGAGACAAAGCCGCUAGAGGAACACACUGAAGGUCGCACAGGAGAGGCGAAGGGAGGCCAGCAGCCGUCUUCCCAGCUUAAACCCCAGGAAGCCACCGGCAGUCCUGGAGUCCCCGAACAGCAGACUAAAGGAGGUACACUAGAGCAGGUAGAGGCACUACAAAGCAGUAUUGAAGCAGAGCAGAAACAGGCCCCAACCGCCACCACCACUGAGUCACCACCCACUACCACCACCCCCAAGCAAACCCAACUUGCCGACCAACAGGACCUUGCUGGAGGACUGUUGAAGGCAGACGAUAGCAUCGUGUCCGAGGCUCGCUUGACGGAUCCCACCGCCUGUGUAGAGCCUCAUGGGACAAUAGAGGACAUUUGGAGCGAGAGAGACCUAUCUCCACCCAUAAAGAAGGCCAGAAUCACAAGCAUAGUUAAGGAGGAACAGACUUUGCAGAAAGCACAGGAAGGCUCUGUGACCACCGCUGAGGAGGCUGAACCUGGCCUCCCAGAGGAAGAAAUUGAUAUCUGGGGGUCGCGAGGUUCUUCUCCACCACUGAGAAUAAGACCUAUUGGAGAAGCCGAGGCAGGAACUCCAUCACCUGCCGAAGAAGCGGCUGGUGAAGAAAUUGAUAUUUGGGGGUCGCAAGGUUCUUCUCCACCAUUGAGAAUAAGACCUACCGGAGAAGCUGAGGCAGAAACUCCAUCACCUUCCGAAGAAGCGGCUGGUGAGGAAGCUGAAGAUGAAUCUAAAGCAGAAAAACCCGAAGAGGUGGACAUUUGGGGUCAACGAAACGUUUCACCUCCAUUAAGGAUAAGGCCCAUCAUAGAAACUACAGAAGCUACUCCUUCACCACCUUCAGAAGGAAAAGCCAUUGAAGAACCUGAAGUUCAGGCUGGAGCCGAUGAAACAAAGCACGAAGUUCUUCAAGAAGAUAUUGAUAUCUGGGGCUCCAGAGACACUUCGCCUCCACUAAGGACGAGACCUUUUAUCGAAGUUGAAGAAGGUACUCCACCAUCAGCCGAAGAAGCGGUUGCUGAAGAUGAGGCCGAGGAAGAGCAAGACUCUGAUGACUUUUGGGUUGCUGGAGACUCUCCACCACCUAUUCGGAGGCUUAAAGUAGAGUUCGAGGAAGAGGAAGAAGUUGACAGGGAUGAGACAAAGGAAACUUACCAGACAGACGACGGUGACGAAGAUUUAGUUGAAAGGUGGUUUGGUGUGGAAGAUUCUCACACGCGCGUCGUCGUUUUAGAAUCGUUGCAAAAGACGGAGGAGGAAGAUAGUUUUUGGAAAUUGAAAGACACUUCUGUUCCUCCGAGGAGUGAGAAGCCAGCAACCGAAUUUCAUUAUGAGGAGAGCACUGAAGAGAAGAUUUUCGAAGAGGAGAUUAGACAAGAAGAAGCCGGUAUUUGGAGCUACAGCUCCAAACCACCCUUGAGACCCAGGAGAGCAGUGCCAUUUAUUGAUGAAGAAGAAGAUUACAUUGAUCGUGGUACCGAUGAGGCUCCGCCAGAAGUAGCAGAAGAGUCAACAGACGAAGCCUUACUUGAAAGAUGGUUUGACUCAGAAACCAAAGUUGUGUAUAAGGUUGUGACAGAAGAGGCACAUGAAGCACUUGAUGAGGAGGAACAUCUCUCUCCACCGCCAAAGAGACGCAAAAGUUUUAAAGAUGAAGAAUUACAAGAUGUAGCUGAGGAAGAAGAGGAAAAAGAAUUUGAUAUCUGGGGGUCAAGAGAGGCUUCACCACCACUAAGAAGACCUGUUGUAGAAGCUGAAAAAAUUUCUUCACCACCUGCUGAAGAAUUGGCUGUCAAAGAGUCUGGAGCUGAAGAUACUCCUGCUGCAGGAAAAGAAGAAAUUGAAGUCUGGGGGUCUAGAGAUUCUUCACCGCUAUUGAGAAGACUUGCAAAAAAAGUUGAAGAAACUCCCUCACCAUCUGCUCAAGAAGGGAUCACAGAAGAGCCAAAAGUUGACACUCAUGUUGAAGAAGAAGAAAUCGAUAUUUGGGGAUCCAGAGAUUCCUCACCACCAUUGAGGAGACUUGUCGUACAGGUUGAAGAAACUCCUUCACCGCCUGAUGAAGUCAUUAAGGAGCCAGAAGUUGAAACUCCUGCUGCUGAAGAAGAAAUUGAUGUUUGGGGAUCCAGAGAUUCUUCACCACCAUUGAGGAGACCUGUUGUACAGGCUGAAGAAACUCCUUCACCACCUGAAGAAGAGGCUAUUGAAGACACAGCAGUUCAAGACACUCCUGCCGAUGAAGAAGAAAUCGAUGUCGGAAAGGCUGAAAAAACUACUUCACCUACUGAAAUAGUGGAUACAGGAGAUCUUGUAGUUAAAGAAACUGAAGUUGCUGAAGCAGCAGAAGAAUUCGAUGUUUGGGGAUCCAGAGAGUCUUCACCACCUUUGAGGAGACCUAUUGUACAAGCUGAAGAAACUCCACUACUGGAAGAAGCCAUUAAGGAGCCAGAAGUGGAAACUCCUGCUGCUGAAGAAGAAAUUGAUGUUUGGGAAUCCAGAGAAUCUUCACCACCAUUGAGGAGACCUGUCAUACAGGCUGAAGAAACUCCACUACUGGAAGAAGCCAUUAAGGAGCCAGAAGUGGAAACUCCUGCUGCUGAAGAAGAAAUUGAUGUUUGGGGAUCCAGAGAAUCUUCACCACCAUUGAGGAGACCUGUUGUACAGGCUGAAGAAACUCCACUACUGGAAGAAGCCAUUAAGGAGCCAGAAGUUGAAACUCCUGCUGCUGAAGAAGAAAUUGAUGUUUGGGGAUCCAGAGAAUCUUCACCACCAUUGAGGAGACCUGUCAUACAGGCUGAAGAAACUCCAGUAUGGAAGAAGCCAUUAAGGAGCCAGAAAAGCAUUAAGGAGCCAGAAGUUGAAACUCCUGCUGCUGAAGAAGAAAUUGAUGUUUGGGGAUCCAGAGAAUCUUCACCACCACUGAGGAGACCUGUCACAAAAGUUGAAGAAACUCCUUCACCACCUGAAGAAGUUAUUAAAGAGCCAGAAGCUGAAACUCCUGCUGCUGAAGAAGAAAUUGAUGUUUGGGGAUCCAGAGAGUCUUCACCACCAUUGAGGAGACCUGUUGUACAGGCUGAAGAAACUCCACUACUGGAAGAAGCAAUUAAGGAGCCAGAAGUUGAAACUCUUGCUGCUGAAGAAGAAACUGAUGUUUGGGGAUCCAGAGAAUCUUCACCACCAUUGAGGAGACCUGUCAUACAGGCUGAAGAAACUCCAGCUGAAGAAACUCCAGUAUUGGAAGAAGCAAUUAAGGAGCCAGAAGUUGAAACUCUUGCUGCUGAAGAAGAAAUUGAUGUUUGGGGAUCCAGAGAAUCUUCACCACCAUUGAGGAGACCUGUCAUACAGGCUGAAGAAACUCCAGUAUUGGAAGAAGCCAUUAAGGAGCCAGAAGUUGAAACUCUUGCUGCUGAAGAAGAAAUUGAUGUUUGGGGAUCCAGAGAAUCUUCACCACCAUUGAGGAGACCUGUCAUACAGGCUGAAGAAACUCCAGUAUUGGAAGAAGCCAUUAAGGAGCCAGAAGUUGAAACUCUUGCUGCUGAAGAAGAAAUUGAUGUUUGGGGAUCCAGAGAAUCUUCACCACCAUUGAGGAGACCUGUUGUACAGGCUGAAGAAAUUCCACUACUGGAAAAAGCCAUUAAGGAGCCAGAAGUUGAAACUCCUGUUGCUGAAGAAGAAAUUGAUGUUUGGGGAUCCAGAGAGUUUUCGCCACCACUGAGGAGACCUGUUGUACAGGCUGAAGAAAGUCCACUACUGGAAGAAACCAUUAAGGAGCCAGAAGUUGAAACUCCUACUGCUGAAGAAGAAAUUGAUAUUUGGGGAUCCAGAGAUUCUUCACCACCAUUGAAGAGACCUGUUGUACAGGCUGAAGAAACUCCAGUACUGGAAGAAGCCAUUAAGGAGCCAGAAGUUGAAACUCCUGCUGCUGAAGAAGAAAUUGAUGUUUGGGGAUCCAGAGAAUCUUCACCACCAUUGAGGAGACCUGUUGUACAGGCUGAAGAAAGUCCACUACUGGAAGAAGCCAUUAAGGAGCCAGAAGUUGAAACUCCUGCUGCUGAAGAAGAAAUCGAUGUCUGGGUAUCUAGAGAUUCCUCGCCACCACUGAGCAGACUUGUCGUAAAAGUUGAAGAAGAGGCCAUUCGAGAGCCAGGAGUUGAAGACACUUCUGCUGCUGAGACAGAAGAAAUUGAUGUUUGGGGAUCUAGAGAUUCUUCACCACCGUUGAGGAGACCUCUUACACAGGUUGAAGACACUCCUUCACUGCCUGCUGACGUAGCAGCUAUAACGAAAACUGAGGCCGCUCCCUCUCACUUUACCGAUGAAUCCAAAGUCAAGAAAGUUGCAGAUGCCAAAGAAGUUGAAGAAACUGAUAUUUUGGGGACAAGGGAGACAUCACCGUCUGUGAGACCACAUAUAAAGGUUGAGGAAUCUACUCCAUCUCCUCCAGACACUGCUGCUGAGGAUGCUGGUCUUCCCUCGGACUUCUGGUCUAGAAGAGAGUCUCUCCCUCUGAGACCAAAAAUUAUACCCGAGGCUGCAGUAGAGUCUACCGAAGCUAGAGAAACAUCAGAUGACGUUGUCCAGCUAAGUGGAGACUCGUCGCCUCUUUUGAGGCCCAAGGUUGCGUCCGCCUCCCCAACGGAGGUUGCAGAGCAUUCCCAGGAUGUUUUCUUCCCAGAGAAAACUUCCGCCCUUCAAUCACAGACUCUCACACCGGAAGAGGAAACAGACAAAGAUAAGCAAGCUCAAGUGGUACCGCAGAAGUUGAGCGAACAAUUGAUGGCAUCCAGAGAUGACGUUCAGAUAUUCCAACCAAAGAUGGCGUCCAACUAUAUCAAUCAAAGAUGGCGACUAAGUACACCAAUCAAAGAUGGCGACCAAGUACACAAAUCAAAGAUGGCGACCAAAUACACCAAUCAAAGAUGGCGACCAAGUACACAAAUCAAAGAUGGCGACCAAAUACACCAAUCAAAGAUGGCGACCAAAUACACCAAAUCAAAGAUGGCGGACGCUUUCGAGAUGAUGGUCCAGGAGGCCGGACAGGACGACGAGGAGGAGCAGGAGGUAGAGGAGUUCUGGGCAGGAAGAGACGUAGCCUCUCCAGAAGUCACCAAGGAAGCCCCAGAAGCCAAGACCAAGGAAGCCAAGGGCGAAGAAGCCAAGAUCGGGAAAGUCGAGGAGGUCAAGCCGAUGGAAGCCUCGAAGAGAAACCAAAACCGGCCGCCGAACCCACGAAACCCAGCGGGUCUGCCAAACCUGAAACCGGAAAUACCAGAGCUGCCUAAGCUUGUUGUGCCUACGGUCGAAGCCCCGAAGCCUGAGGUCAAGCCGGAAGUCAAGCCGGAAGUUAAGCCGGAAGUAAAGCCGACACUCACCAAACUAACGACAUCUAAGAAAAUGGACGAACCAACAACUCCGUUCACUCCCGGGGGAACGCCCAAGCCAGUGUUUACCAAGACUCUCAGAGGAGAAGUUGUUGAACCUGGUGAGGGCGUCACCUUCACAUGUGAGGUUGCCCACCCUGCACCAUACUUCGUCACAUGGUUGAAGGAUUCCAAACCUCUGGAGGAUAAGUUGGCGGAUCGUGUUCUUCAGCAGGACGCCGGAACCAAGCACUCCCUCAGGAUGAGUGACGAGGGGAACAAACACACACUGCAGCUGAUGAACUGUCGUGUACAGGACUCUGGUAUCUACACUGCCAAGGCUACAGACGAGGCUGGUGCCGCCGCUACUUGCUCUGCUCAGCUCCUGGUCCAGGAAUUGACGGAGGAAGAAAGGGCUCGUAGAAUAUCGGAGAAGUCUCCUUUCUUCCUGGUCAGGAUGAAGCCGACGGAGGUCAUCGAGAACACCAAUCUCUCCUACACCAUCCACGUCAAGGGAGAACCCAUGCCUGACGUCCAGUUCUUCAAGGACGACCGCGAGAUCAGAGAAGACGCGAGAGUGAGGCUGCAUCGCGACCACGCCAGCGGUCACUACGAGAUCCUUAUCUCCCACGUACAGAAGAGCGAUGAGGGAACGUACAAGUGUCUGGCACGGAAUAAGUUCGGCCGAGCGGAGUGCGAAGCCUCCAUGACAGUUAACGACGAGGGCCUCGUGUACGAGAGCUUAAGUGGCAAAGGGUCUCUCCUGGCUAAGGGAGAGAAAGCAGAAUUUAAGUGGUUCAGAGACGGGCAGGAGUUCGAUCCCUACGAGAGGUUCAACGUCAUGUUUAAGGAUGAUGAGGACACUCUGGCCUUAGUCUUCCAAAAUGUUACACCUGAGGAUGCUGGUCUCUACACCUGUGUAGCAUCCACUUCCUGUGGCAAGAUCUCCUGCUCUGCUGAACUUACCGUGGAAGGUUCUGUGAACCGCUUACUUCGUGACCCGGAACCUCCCAGCAUCAAGGAAUCGCUGAGUGAUACUCAGGUGGCCCAAGGAGGAUCUGCCAUGCUGGAGUGUAAGGUCGGAGGAUUUCCCAAGCCAGAACUCCAGUGGACGAAGAACGGGCUGGACGUCAAAUCUGGAGGACGCUUCAAGUUCCUCUGGGAGGACGAAGAGUCGGUAACACUCGUCAUUAAGAACGUUGAAGAGAAGGAUGCUGGCCUCUACCGUGUUGUGGCCAAGAACGAGCUGGGCGAGGCUCAGUGCUCGGCCAACCUGGCCAUCAAGGCUGGGCCUAAGAUUAAGAAGAUGAAGAAGGAGGUAGCCUGUAUCAUCGGCAAGGACCUCGACUACCAGGUGGAGGUGGAGGGCGAGCCUGCUCCUCAAGUCAAGUGGUUGAAGGAUGGCAAGCCUCUGGUGGAGAGCGACAAAAUCAAAUUUAGCAAGAUGUACCCGUGCUUUGAGUCCCGCGCUACCGGAAGUCCCAGACCGGAUGCUCGAUGGUUCAAGAACGGGAAGGAGAUCAUGGGAGAUGAGAAGUUUAAGAUGAUAACGGACGAAGCCUUCUACAUGCUCAAGAUCCGUAGGCUCGACCGUAAGGACAAGGGCACGUACAAGUGUGAGCUCACCAACACCAGCGGCUCAGCAUCCACGGAAGGAGAGCUGAUCAUCCGUGCUCCUCCAGAAUUCAUCACACCCGUCAAGGAUGUGUGUGCCAAGGAAGGUACCAAGGAUGUUAAGCUCUUCGUGGAGUGGGAGGCCAACCCUAAACCUUCUGUCAAGUGGUUCUACAACGAUAAGCCUAUCCGGGAGGAGACGCCAGGAUACACUAUCCGGGGACAGGAGACAACGCAGAUACUCACCAUCAACGAAGCCCUGGCGGAGUUCGUUGGUACUUACACAGUGAAGGCCUCGAACGAGUACGGAGAGAGUGUGUGCAAGGCUCGGUUCCGUCUCCACGAAGUGCCCGCUAUCACCGAGGGUCUUAAAGACGUUGAAUUUCUUGAGGAUACCACUUGCAAGUAUACCUUCAAGGCCACGGGUAUCCCACUGCCGGAGAUUAAGUGGACUAAGGACGGGAAGAAGUGGGCUCCGGACGAGCGCCGCAUCAAGCUGAAGGUUGAGAACGAGGAUACCUUCACGUUGAUCUUCGACGAGGCCAAACCUGAGGACUCUGGUGUUUACGUCGCUACCGUUAGCAACGUUGAGGGUUCCACCGAGACCCAGGGAACCAUCGUAGUCAACAUAAACGAUCACAUUUUAUCCUAUAUGUGUGUGUGUCAUUCUUCUCUGUGUAGCAGGGCGACGGAUACUAGUCGGCCCGUUGAAUCUAGCAAAGGGAUCGCUAGAUUGGGUUCCCAGCCUAGCGAUGAUGCUGGGGACCUCACUGCCGCGAUCCAGGACGCCAAGAAAGUCCCCGUGGUUGCUGGAAAGACGCGUGACGUAGCUGGAAAGUGUGUUGUGAAUGGUCCAGGCCAGUCAGGUGUGGAGAGUGAGAUAGACCAAUCAGAGGCGUCUUUGAGUGGCAGAGAACCAGCGCUACCAGAGGGCAAAGGCAAGAGAAAACUCUCGCGGGAUUCAGAUCAGGAGGCAAAGGAAACUGCGAAAGUUUUGGAAGAGGCAGAAGCGGAGAACGUGGAGACGGGAGAAAGCGACACGGAAGUCCCCGAGAACGCAAUUUCUAAUGAACCCGGCUCCGCUAAGAGAAUGAAACGAACCCCCGAUACUUGGACAACCAUCUCGUCAGUUCACACGUCGAACAAGAUGGAGACAGAGACGAAUGUCUCUGGCGAUCGCGAGACUUCACUGAUGAAGGCCGUGAACGUGACGAUCAGCGAGGCAACUUCUACGAGAGACGGAGACCAAGAAGGAGACGAGGACGAAGAUAACAGGCUGGUGUUCACGAAGUCGUGGGACGUGGAGGAGAAGGAGGGGCAGCCAGGGAUGAGAUUACUCGCCUCCUGCAGCAUUCAUCGUCAGGAGAAUGUCACCAAGACCGUUAUUACUGCUGAGUCUGACGUGGGAGACGAGGACGACGUGUCCAGGGCUGCUAUCGUCCAUUACACCAAGACCGUGGAAGUCGAGCAGUACAAAGGUGUGUUCUCUGAUGACGAGGACGACGCCGAACUGCCGCUCCAGAACGGCAGUUCCAAAGCCACAGUCGCUCCCGUCCUACCGGAGAGCAGAGACGACGCGCAACCAGACAGCCACGACGACACCUGUAGAAAAGACGACGUCGUUGCAAAGGCUAAGAAGCAUAAAGAAGCCGAAGAGUCUUUGUUAAACCUUUGUGAAGUGCGUCAAGAGCCUCCGCCAAAGAAACGAGCGAUCAAGUCUGUUUCCUUUGAAGACAGUCCUGGAGUAACUGAAGAGGGAAGUGAAGGGAGGGAGAAGGACUUGCCCGGAGAAGAGGAACUGGAACCGAGGGUAGAGGGCUCCGCCGGCGGCUCAGAGAGGAAUACUGAUGCCUCAUCCAUCCCCGCUGAUAACGAAGCCAGAGGCGAUAACACGAACUCGGCGGCUCCGGUCUCUGAAACCACGGACUUGAGAACGAAGAAGGGCAGUGACACCAAGAGAAACCUCCAACCCUCUGAUAGCAUCGCGCCAGUCGAGGCUUCCAGAGCCCAAAAAGUGUCCCAGGAGGAGCUAAGUAGAAGCUACUCAGCUUCCAUUGAUCCCAGAGGAGGUAAAGAAGGCGGAAAGAAGAGUAGUCACCGCUCGCCGCCACACAUCAAGGGUAGCAACUUCCGCGAUGGCAAGACCUUCAUCGCCAUGCAUAAGUGUGUCCUCGAAGUAGAGGCUACGGCAGUACCCGAGGCUGAAGCUACUUGGUACUGCAACGGGAAGAAGCUGUCGGAGGAGGAAGACAAUGUCAAGUUCGGCUUUGAUGGGACUAAGUACACUCUGGAGAGGAUAGGUUGUGAUCCCGAGCACUCGGGACAGUACAAGUGUGUACUCAAAAACAAGAUCAAGGAGGUGGAGGAAGUCGGUCAAGUCACAGUGAAGGAGAAGGAGGCUCGCGUGAGGACCAAACUUCAGGAUGUUUCAGUGAAGGAAUUCACAGAUGCUGUUAUCAAGUGUCAGAUAGUGGGUGACCCUGUCCCUGAAGUUCAGUGGCUGAGGAACGGGAAGCCUCUGGUAGCCUCCGACAAGUACGAGAUAUCCUGCGAAAGGAUGUCAGGAUGGCAGACCCUGGUGGUCAAGGAUGUCAAGGAGGCUGACAAAUGCUCCUUCACUGUCAAGGGCAAGAACCAGCACGGGGAGUGCGAAACAUCGUGUCGUCUUGGCGUUCUGGUGAAGCCUCAGCCUGGCGCCCUGGAUGAUGCCACGGUGGAUUACGGCAGAGAUCUUCAUCUCGUGGACCAUAUCCACGCCUUCCCUCCACCCGUCAUGGUUUGGACUCUGAACGGGAAGGAACUGAAGGAUGGGAAGCACUACGAAUACACGCGAGACGAGGAGAAAGAGAUCUACGGACUGGUGAUUCACUCUGCCGUCUUGGAAGAUGCUGGCAAGAUCGCCUUCACAGCCUCCAACGCCGCCGGCAGCGAGACUGUCUCCUGCACCGUUACCGUCCACACUGAGAAACCAUCAGUCGUUGGAGCUCUUGAGAAUCUGGACUACUGUCUGGAAGACGACGUUACCUUCACACUGAGAGCCACGGGUCUGCCGCUGCCGCAGUGUCAGUGGAAAAAGAACGGAGUGUCGGUCAAGGAAGACGCCAGGCACACCAUCACCAACCCCGAGCCCGGGGUGUACUGCCUCAUCAUCAAAGACCUCAACUUAGACGACUAUGGCGAGGUUUCCGUGGUGGCGACGAGCUUGGUGGGAGAGUGCAGCUCUACGGCGAGGCUUACUCAGAAGAAACUGGCGUGCGAGGUGGUCGAGGGCCUCGACAACGUAACCAGGGGCGCUGAGGGCGAAGACGUUACCCUCACCGUCAAGAUCAGGGCCUCUCCGAGACCCAACUUCGUCUGGACAAAGGACGGAGACGUAUGCGAAGCCUCAGGGAAGAUCAAGAUAGACGUCAAGAAGACGUCUUACUGCGAGGCUACGAUCUCACUCACGCUGGUCGAAGCCGGGGCCGUCGACUCCGGCCAAUACAGACUGAAAUUUAGCAACGAGGUGAACGAAACCAGCACUGAAACCGCCCUCAUCGUCAGACCUGAGCGGCGUAAACCCAAGGUGACUAAGAAGCCAGAAGAUGUUGAGGUCAUGGAUGGCAAGACGUGUAUACUGAGAGCCAAGAUCACAGGCUUCCCCAAGCCUGAGGUCAAGUGGUUGAAGGACGGUCACCAGGUAUUCCCGACGGACAUCAUAGACACGGGCGUCACGGCUGAUGGCCACUACUACCUCGAGUUCAAGACGGUCAGUCAGGAGGACGCUGGACGCUACGCUGUAGUAGCCAACAACGAAGAAGGGGGCGUGCAAGCCGAAGCCGUCCUCUCCGUCACACCUCCUCCUUCGAGGCCGGAGUUCUUGCAGAGCCUGAAGGCCAGCAAGGUCAUCCUCGGCUACCCCGUCAGGAUGGAGGUCAAACUAGGAGGAUCUCCGAGACCAGAGGUCAGUGGUAAGUUGAAGGAUGGUCAACCCAUCAACAUAGACGGGAAGCAUUUCAAGCAGAUCGUUGACCCCGACGGUACAGUCCUCCUCCAGAUCGACUCUGCCACCGAGGGCGACAUGGGAGAGUUCACUUGCGUGGCCAAGAACGCCGAGGGUGACUCGAAGUCAUCAGCCAUGCUCUCCGUUCUCGGCUUCAAGCGCGAGGAUGGUCAGCCAGACGGGCCAGCUAGGUUCUCGGAGGGCCUGAAGGACAUGACCUUCGACGAGGGUGAGACCAUCCGGCUGCCAGUCUCCAUGAAGGGUGGUCCAGUACCUCACAUGAAGUGGUACAAGGACGGUGAGGAGAUCAAGCUGGGAGACCGAGCCUUCUUUACCUACGACGGAGAUAGGGCGUUCUUGGAGGUGUAUCCGGCCAUGGGUUCCGACACUGGGAGAUACAAGUGCGUGAUACAGAACACUCAUGGUGCAGCGGAGACCGAAUGUGACGUUACCAUCAGGAAGAGUUUCGAACCCCCGUGUUUUACAUCCACCUUCCCCAACCAGGCUAAGCUGCCCGGACGUGACGUCAAGAUGUCGGUGAAAUACGACGGUGUUCCAUUGCCUGAGUUGACUUGGUUCUUCAACGGCAAGCCUAUCGUCCCUGACGGCGACAAGUUCCGCAUCAGGCGGGAGGGAGACGGACAGACUCUCUACCUCAAGGAAUGCACCUACAGCGACUCCGGGAAGUACAAAGUCGUGGCCAAGAACCGAGAGGGACAAAUCGAACACGAAGCCGAGCUGGAGGUUGCGGACGACGUGGACCCCAACAGACGCGCGGAAGCCCCUGUCUUCCUGAAGGUCAUCGGGGACCAGGAGGUCUUUGAGGGCUACAAGGCGCUCUUCAAGGCCAUUGUUGUGGGUCGUCCAGAGCCAGAGUACAAGUGGUACAAGAACGGUAGUCCGGUAAUUGGCACGAAUCGCGUGGUGAUCGAGAGGGACUCUGAAGGUCUCAUCCGCCUUAGUAUAAGAUAUGUCAACACUGAAGACGCUGGUGUCUACAUGCUCAAGGCUUGGAACGAACACGGGGAGGCUUCCUGCCAGGGCAAACUCAUCUGUGAGACCUUGACAAGCCGUAUCAAGCGCCCCGUCGGGGAUGAGUACCAGGGCUUCGACAGGAUACGACGGUCGGGCGUACCCAUGCCCCUGCCGGAGAAGCCGAUGAUCAGUGCCCUGUCAGACCGUCGGGCUACCAUCAGCUGGCUGCCCUACCUGCCCUCAACGCCCUGCCCACCCGUCACUUACCAGGUGGAAAUGUGCGAGAGUCCUGAAGGAGAGUGGGUCACCGUCAGGACAGGUAUCCGCGGCUCUGGCGUCGACAUCAACAACCUGUUGCCUAAAAGUGACUACAAGUUCCGUGUGAGGGUCGCUAACAAGUACGGUGUGUCGGAGCCGUCACCCUACGUCAUGACAUAUCGGUACAAGCUGGAGCUGCCACCUAUUAGCUACGAGCCCAAGCUGGAUCCCAAUUACGAUUUCAGAGGCGACGGCCCCUACGUCCCCGAGGGCUUCCGGAUCAACCGCGAUACCUACGGUAACUACUACGCUGCCCCGCGCUUCCUUCGUCUGGACCACGAUACCCAGUACGGCCUGAAGGGCUUCAACGCCUCCAUCAAGUGGUAUGCCUAUGGCUACCCCAUGCCCAAGGUCAGAUUCCUCAGAGACAACAUUCCCAUCGACGUGGGUGGCAAAGGUCGCUACAAGUUCACCCAGGAGGCCACGGGGGAGAUCUGUCUCUUCCUCGACAGGUACCUGAGAGAUACAUGUUUACUCACGAGAUCAUGUGGUGGUGGUGACCUGCUGGGAGCCUUGACGCAGCGUCAGUACCUGACGGAGCACGAAGUGUGCGUCAUCAUACGUCAGGUGCUGCUGGGUCUGGACUACAUGCACGACCGAAGCGUCGCACACCUCGGUCUUAACAUUGGCGACAUCCUGGUGGUUCGCCCCAACGGAUUGGAGAUCAAGAUUGGAGAUCUGUCUCUCGCUCGCCAGAUCAAACUCAACGACCUGCAGCCUCUUGAUUACGGGAUGCCGGAGUACGUGGCACCGGAAGUGGCCAACAACGAGGGAGUGUCCUUCUCGGCAGACAUGUGGGCCGUGGGCAUUAUCACGUACAUACUGCUCUCUGGCACCUCACCCUUCAGGGGCGAGAAUGACAGAGAGACACUGACGAAGGAGAAGGGAGAGUUAAACUUCAACAUGGAGGCCUUCACACAUAUAUCUGACGCUGCCAAGGACUUCAUUGCUAAGCUUCUCAUCUUUAAGUCAGAGCUUCGCAUGGACGUGAAGUCUGCUCUGAAACACCCGUGGAUGGACCUGGCUCUCGACCAGCCUCGAGACCCCUAUAGAAUCAACACGGAUAGACUUCGAUCCUAUUACUCCAGAUUCAGAUACUACCUGUAUCCCUCUACUCAUAGAUACUACCUGUAUCCUUACAUCACUAUAGAUACUACCUCCUCUGUGCUGGUGCUGUCAGUAGCCUCUGUGCUGGUGCUGUCAGUAGCCUCUGUGCUGGUGCUGUCAGUAGUCUGUGUGCUGAUGUUAGUAGCCUCUGUGCUGGUGCUGUCAGUAGCCUCUGUGCUGGUGCUGUCAGUAGUCUCUGUGCUGGUGCUGUCAGUAGCCUCUGUGCUGGUGCUGUCAGUAGUCUCUGUGCUGGUGUUGUUAGUAGCCUCUGUGCUGGUGCUGUCAGUAGCCUCUGUGCUGGUGCUGUCAGUAGCCUCUGUGCUGGUGGUGUCAGUAGUCUCUGUGCUGGUGUUGUCAGUAGCCUCUGUGCUGGUGCUGUCAGUAAUCUGUGCUGGUGCUGUCAGUAGUCUCUGUGCUGGUGCUGUCAGUAGCCUCUGUGCUGGUGCUGUCAGUAGCCUCUGUGCUGGUGCUGUCAGUAGCCUCUGUGCUGGUGCUGUCAGUAAGUUGUAUCUACAUAAAGAAAAAUGUCUAUUUUAUGGGGUGAAGCUAGGCUUCCGUAUGAUUUCUGGGAUGCUAGGCUUCCGUAUGAUUUCUGGGAUGCUAGGCUUCCGUAUGAUUUCUGGGAUGCUAGGCUUCCGUAUGAUUUCUGGGAUGCUAGGCGUCAGUAUGAUUUCUGGGGUGCUAGGCUUCCGUAUGAUUUCUGGGAUGCUAGGCGUCAGUAUGAUUUCUGGGAUGCUAGGCUUCCGUAUGAUUUCUGGGAUGCUAGGCGUCAGUAUGAUUUCUGGGAUGCUAGGCGUCAGUAUGAUUUCUGGGAUGCUAGGCUUCCGUAUGAUUUCUGGGAUGCUAGGCGUCCGUAUGAUUUCUGGGAUGCUAGGCUUCCGUAUGAUUUCUGGGAUGCUAGGCGUCCGUAUGAUUUCUGGGAUGCUAGGCUUCCGUAUGAUUUCUGGGAUGCUAGGCGUCCGUAUGAUUUCUGGGAUGCUAGGCUUCCGUAUGAUUUCUGGGAUGCUAGGCGUCCGUAUGAUUUCUGGGAUGCUAGGCGUCCGUAUGAUUUCUGGGAUGCUAGGCUUCCGUAUGAUUUCUGGGAUGCUAGGCUUCCGUAUGAUUUCUGGGAUGCUAGGCUUCCGUAUGAUUUCUGGGAUGCUAGGCUUCCGUAUGAUUUCUGGGAUGCUAGGCUUCCGUAUGAUUUCUGGGAUGCUAGGCUUCCGUAUGAUUUCUGGGAUGCUAGGCUUCCGUAUGAUUUCUGGGAUGCUAGGCGUCAGUAUGAUUUCUGGGAUGCUAGGCUUCCGUAUGAUUUCUGGGAUGCUAGGCGUCCGUAUGAUUUCUGGGAUGCUAGGCGUCCGUAUGAUUUCUGGGAUGCUAGGCGUCAGUAUGAUUUCUUGGAUGCUAGGCUUCCGUAUGAUUUCUGGGAUGCUAGGCUUCCGUAUGAUUUCUGGGAUGCUAGGCUUCCGUAUGAUUUCUGGGAUGCUAGGCGUCAGUAUGAUUUCUGGGAUGCUAGGCUUCCGUAUGAUUUCUGAGAUGCUAGGCUUCCGUAUGAUUUCUGGGAUGCUAGGCGUCAGUAUGAUUUCUGGGAUGCUAGGCGUCAGUAUGAUUUCUGGGAUGCUAGGCGUCCGUAUGAUUUCUGGGAUGCUAGGCGUCCGUAUGAUUUCUGGGAUGCUAGGCGUCCGUAUGAUUUCUGGGAUGCUAGGCGUCCGUAUGAUUUCUGGGAUGCUAGGCGUCAGUAUGAUUUCUGGGAUGCUAGGCGUCCGUAUGAUUUCUGGGAUGCUAGGCGUCAGUAUGAUUUCUGGGAUGCUAGGCUUCCGUAUGAUUUCUGGGAUGCUAGGCUUCCGUAUGAUUUCUGGGAUGCUAGGCUUCCGUAUGAUUUCUGGGAUGCUAGGCUUCCGUAUGAUUUCUGGGAUGCUAGGCGUCAGUAUGAUUUCUGGGAUGCUAGGCGUCAGUUUUUUGGACGUGUCCUGUGCAUUUCCAAACUUCCUGUGGCUGUUUCGUUACCCUGUCUCCUUCUCUAUCCCCUGUUACUCCUUUCUCCACCCUGGCAGGGCAUACACGGUUGACCUCUCCCGAGUUCGCCCCUACACGGUGAGAUGUCAUCAUGUGUCCUUUGCCUUCAUUCCUCAGGUGAAAGGGGAAUCUGCAUCGUUCGAGUCGUCUAGAUCUCACCGGUACCAGCCCAAGCGCAAGGGACCCUUCAAGCCCACGCAGUUUGUAGUCUGGAGCGACAGUGAACGGGAAAGCAGAAAGAGGAUCAAGAGUUUCGAGCACACGGAAAGAUACAGUAGCACACAACAUCCUACUACCCUAAGCGUGCAGGAUAGGCAGAGACGAGCCCUGAGCCUGGAUGCCAGGGAUAGAGCUCUAGCCGAGGCUCGCGCUAUCCAUGCAUUAUCUGUUGAUCCUGAAGGUGGAGAGUACCACAGACAUCACCUCCAACAGGGCCACCGCCACCAGCAACACGAGUUGACCACCACCACCUACGGUGUCCAACGAAUGCGGCCCCAAGUCCAACCUCUCCCCGAACUCCCGUGUCCAACCUGUGGCAAUCCAGACUACCAACCCGAGUAGAUACUGUCCAAACUCCUUAUUUUUUAAGACCUGCCUCUGAGGACUCCUGCCACCACCACUUCCCUUCUUCCUCUGCUACCCGAAACACCGCAUUUAAUUACGUAUUUAACGCUCUGUAACUAGCCGUAACUCAAUUAACUUGCUCUAGCAACUAGCUGACACUCGUUGCUUGCUCUAUUUUUUCAGCUCAAAUAGUUUUUCUUCGUUAUGUUGUAUAUUAAUGGACAUAGAGUAUGAUUUGCUUUUUAUAUGAACUUUUUUUAGUAAGCUGUAAUAUUAAUUUUCUCUCUUAUUCAAAAUUUCUCCCGCUUCCAUUUUCUUUAUCGUAGAAAAUAUUCUGACAAAAUGCAGUAACUUUAAUAUUUUAGUUUGUGACUCAUUUUAUUCCUUGUUUCAAACUUAACGAAAAUAAGCCACACUUUUUGGCU